GUUUGUCACCCAAUAACCAGCAAGUGCAGGCUGAAGUCGCGCAUCAAUGGACAACGUGCUGUUCUAUGGCCAGGGAGACGAAGCCUCGCGGAGACAAGUCCGUUCUGCUGCGGCGCAGUACAGCCACCGUGUGGGCCCGAGAAAGCCAAAGAAGUCCCUGCGCGAGAACGGGCGGGAAGGCGGCGGAGGCGUGAGGAGAAGGACAGCACAUCAGAAGACUGCGUCGACGGCGAGCAGCUCGACCAGCAGCCCCGACGACGCUGGCGACGCUGGCGACGCCCCUCCCGCGCAGAGUGCGACGGCUUCUGUUGCCCCUUCGGUCCCCACGGCAUGCCGAGCAGAAGCAGCGGCCGGGGAUGCGGCCUUCGCGAUGGCGAACCAGGGCCAUGAUGAGGGCAUACAGACGCGCGGCGGACAGGCGCGAAACGCAAUCUCAUCAUCGCAAAGCUUCCAUCCAUCUUACGGCCGCCCCCCGUCUCCGCAAAGUCGCUAUUGCGCGCCCUACCAGCGCUCAGGACAGUCAGCAUAUCCCGAUCGAAGACUCCCGCAAUACUCGUGGACGGAAUAUCCGCGAUAUGGAUUGAGCUCGGGCCAGCCGCAGUCUUUACAGAUGCUCGCGCAACUUGCUUCUGCAUCUCAACAGUACGCAGGAAGAACGACAGUAGACAGACCACAGCUUCCGCCACCGCAUUCUUCCCGGUCGUUGUUCUUGCACUCCCGGGCAUGUCGUCGAAGCGAUGGCGCGGAUGCCGUCCAAGAAGAGUAGUUCUACGGCGCCUCUCAGGCUCGCCAUCCGAUCGAUACGUCUGUUGGAUGGACAUAGAAAGAUGCCCGCCGUGCAGUCGAGGCGAACAGCCUCAAUCUCGGCACGAAUCGUGCACUCGUCCCUACCUUCGAACAUCACCUCUCGGUGACUCUUUCAUCGCUUCAGUGCUCCUUGUCGCGCUCAACAGCCACUGUCACUGAGAGCGAUCUCGCCUCGGGUGAGAAUGGGGAGUGCCACCGUCGUACGAAGGCACUCAAACAGUCAGGCCUGCUUCAACGCUGCAAGCAUUUCGCCAUGUAAGCACGAAACACGUGUGCGGCAUGGCAAAGGGCGAGUGAGAGGGCUUUACAGGAGAGACAAUUCGGUGCUGCUGGCGGCUCCCAGAUCGACGAGCUUCCAGGAGCCAUCAUCUUCUCUUAUAACCAUUAGCAGGCAGAAAGUCCAGAUCACUUCUGCGGACAGCCCGGACUUUUUCCCCGUGCGAGCAGGGCAGAGCCUUCUCAGUUCACCAGAGCAAGCUAUUUUGACAUCCGUACAUUCGGCUGUACAUUCGAAAUACUUUUACUACUACAAUUCAGAACCGUCAUCCCCUC